ACAGCGCGAUUUCGGUCGUCGAAUUUUGUUUGGAGCGGACGUAUCGUCGGUCUGGCAUAUAUCGAAACUGCAGUUGCAUUAUUUUAACAUUUUUACUUGUAACCAAUAGAGCAUCAUAUGUUGUUGCUGCGCGCGUGAAGUCGAAUUGUAUAGAAGUAGGUGUAAACUGCGUUAUUUGCAAUCGCACCGAAUAUAUAUCUGCACUUUGGCUUUUUAUUACUUUACAUAUUUUCGAUAGCGCGCGCGCGGUGAAAUUUCCCACGUAAAACCACCAAAUCACUACACAACUUAAAAAAAAAGUUGAAGACGUUGCCAACGUUACGCACGCGUACAAAUACGGCUUACCAAUAGAAAAUUCAGCUAAAGGUUUUUUCAUGCGCAAAGAAUGCUGAUUUGAGUGAAAGUGCAAGUAAAUCGAAGGAAAUACAAUAAAUAAAGCCGAUUUUAGGCAAUAUUCAGUGCAACUACCUGUUCUGCAACAAAUACAUAUACAGCAACAGCAACAACAACAGCGACCAAAUCUAACUGUUGCGCUCCGCCGGCUAUCUCCGUCUCCCUCUCUCCUUGGACUGAGCGCCCGCGUGUGUGUGUGUGUGUUCCUGUAUUUUCGCCAUUCAAUUGUUGUUGUUGUGGCUUUUCGCCAAGUGCAAAUAAUUCGCUUUUUGUUUUUAACCAAAUUCAUGUUCAGCUAACGGUUAACGCCACUCGUCUGCUCCAAUUGGAUACGCAAAUAUAUUAUAACAGUUGCUGUACGCUUUCCACCAAAAUGGCACCAAUGCCCCGAAUUCAGUUACCCAAUGGCAAUGCCUCGAUAAAAGCCAGCACAAAUGACUUUCUGUUUGCGGAGACAAUGUCCGGCGACAGCAGUCCCACGCCCAGCAGUCCGCCCUCCAGUACAGCUGGCGUUGCCAAAUCUCAGUGUUCCUCGCUCUCGGAUGGCGAAUCCUUUGAGGGAUACGGGGAAAAUGAGUAUCCCACCCAACUUCGCGAGGGACGCAGCUCCAAUUCCAAUGGCAGCCACAACAUCAGCAAUCAUAUUAACAAUAAUGCCAAUAUCAGCGUGGGCAACGGCAGUGGACACAACCACAGUGGUCACUCGAACGACGGAAAUAACAAUUUAAAUGGCAGCACUGGCAUCGAACUCGAUUUGGCUCCACACGUCGGCUCAUCAACACCGCAAGAUGAUGACGAACUGAACAUAAUGCCCCGGGACAACUGGGCCAGGCGCAGUCUGCGACGAACUCCCACCAGCAAUCCUGAUAGUUUAUCCCAGCGUCGUUGGGGAUCCAUGAGACAUUCCGGCCGCAGACAGAUUAGUUCAAAUGCCUUAGCCAGCCAACUCUAUAGAUCAUCGAGCUUUAACUCAUCGGGCCGUAGCUCCAACUGUGAUACAACUGAAGACAUGUACAGCGACAUAAGCUUGGAGAAUCGUCAUGACUACGAUUAUAGGCUGGAGCUGCUGCAGCGCAAGGUGGACGAUCUGUCGGAUACGCAGAACAUAGCUGAGGAUCGGACGACCCGCACCAAGACCGAAUAUGCAGUCCUUCAGGCGCGAUACCACAUGCUCGAGGAGCAGUACCGAGAGUCGGAACUGCGUGCCGAGGAGCGUUUGGCGGAGGAGCAGAAGCGGCACCGCGAGAUUCUGGCCCGCGUGGAGCGUGAAGCCUCGCUGCAGAACGAGAACUGCCAGAUGAAGAUCCGUGCCACCGAGAUCGAGGCAACGGCGCUGCGGGAGGAGGCCGCCCGACUGCGUGUCCUGUGCGACAAGCAGGCCAACGAUCUGCAUCGCACCGAGGAGCAGCUGGAGCUGGCCCGCGACCAAAUCGGCGUCCUGCAACAGGAGCACGAGGAGCAGGCGCAGGCACUGCGCCGCCACGAGCAGGAGAAGAAGUCCACCGAGGAGCUGAUGCUGGAGCUGGGCCGAGAACUGCAGCGUGCUCGCGAGGAGAGUGGAGCCCGGGCAAUGCCGACCACAUCGCCGGAGAGCAUAAGACUGGAGGAGCUGCACCAGGAGCUCGAGGAGAUGCGUCAGAAGAAUCGAACUCUUGAAGAACAGAACGAGGAGCUGCAGGCCACGAUGCUGACCAACCAGGCCACCAUGCUGACAAAUGGCGUGGAGCAGGGUCGCCAUCUGCUGAACGGAACCCUCAACAGCUUGGCCCAGGAGCUGGAGGAGAUGUCACAAGCCCAGGAUUCUGUGGAUUCAGCCACAUUAGCAUCCUUAAGUCAGCUACAACAGGCCUUCCAGGAAAAGGAGGAUGAAAAUGUUCGGCUCAAGCACUAUAUUGAUACCAUUCUACUCAACAUCGUGGAGAACUAUCCCCAAUUGCUGGAAGUCAAGCCCAUGGAGCGAAAGUAGGGCAGCCAACUGGAAGAACAAAGCAACCCUAGGCACUGGACAGAGUGCCACAACCACCUAACAUUACCUAAAAUUAAUAAACUAACUAAAACAUACUGUAUGUUAACUUUUUAAGCUACACUCUAUACAUGUAUUUAUGCCUAACUUAAGUCGUAAUUUAUUUUAUAACAAUUUAAUGUAGUUUUUUAAACCAAAACAACGCAGAAAACACAAAGAUUGCAUGUCAAAAUGAUGAAAAAAGUCCUUAAUUCGAUUAGAUAAUGUUUUGUAUAAAGAGAGUCUAAAAUUGUGUAAAAGUUUAUUUUCCGUCGUUUCUAGUUUGCGUUUUGUAUAGUGCGUGUUGUUGAUCCAUAAAGAUAUUACUUAUAAAUAUUGUUAGAUUUUAAGUCGUAAAUGCUCGUUCAUUCAUUAUUGAAAUGGAAACCAAUAAUUUAUUGAUAAUUGCCGGAAAAUCUGAUUGUGAAUGUGUAUAGCAUAAAGAGAGAUUUUAUGAACUGUU